AUGGUGAACUCAACUGUGCCUUACUUUAUCCUCAGCACAUAUAUAUAUGUAGGAAGUUUGAAAUACUUGUUCUUUGUGUUAAUUGCGCUGUUAUACUUUAGUAUAGUUUUUGUGAACACAUCUCUGAUUGUGGUUAUCUGUGUGAACAGAAGCUUACAUGAACCUAUGUACAUGUUUCUGUGCAGCCUGUUUGUGAAUGAGCUGUAUGGUAGUACAGGGCUGUUUCCGUUCCUCCUGCUUCAGAUCCUCUCUGAUGUUCACACUGUUUCUGCUCCUCUGUGCUUCCUGCAGAUCUUUUGUCUCUACACGUAUGGACACGUAGAGUUUUGUAAUUUAGCUGUCAUGUCUUAUGACAGAUAUCUCGCUGUCUGUUAUCCCCUGCACUACAAAUCACAUAUGACAGAUAACAAAGUAGUUAUCUUCAUUGUCGUCAUAUGGUUGUACUCUUUUGUGAAAUUCACGAUCACGUUGUGUUUAACCCUCCGUCUGACGUGGUGUGGGAAAAUCAUAAAUGGGCUGUAUUGCCAUAACUACCUGGUUGUAAAACUGGCAUGUUCAGACACCAACCUGAAUAAUCUUUUUGGGCUUUUUGGUACUGUCAUCACUGUUUUAGUUCCUCUGCUUCCAAUCUUCUACUCCUACAUGAAAAUACUCAAAGUGUGUUUUUCUGGGUCCAGAGAGAUGAGAUGUAAAGCCGUCAGUACCUGUGCGCCUCACUUGGCCUCCCUCCUAAACUUUUCUUUUGGGUGUUUAUUUGAAAUUCUCCAGAGCAGGUUUGAUACGACCAGUGUACCCAGUGCUCUGCGAAUCUUUCUGUCUCUGUAUUUCCUCAUCAUUCAACCGCUUUUGAAUCCGAUCAUGUAUGGGACACAAAUGUCUAAAAUAAGACAUGUGCUGUGCUAUAAAAUGUAGCUGUGAUUCUUACACCUGUAGGAUGUUUAAAUUCAAGUUUGAAGUCCUAAACUUUUCUUUUGGAUUUUGAAAAACUCGCUGAGGAGACUUCACACGACAAGUGCAUCCACUGUGUUUUGAAUCACUCUGUACUUCUGAUCAUGUAUACAAAUGCCCAGCAUCUGAAAACAAUAUGAUCAUGUCUCCUUCCUCUAAAAUUUAAGCCGUCUGUGUAGCUGUGAUUUUUUUAUAUAUGUCUAAGAUGUUCAGUUUAAUACAUAACCACGCCACUGUCA